CCGGUGAAGCGCAUAUUGGUGCGCGCGCGUGUGUGCGCGGGUACGUCAGAAAACACAUCAGUCUCCCGUCACCAACACACUGCCAUACAUUCACCAAACAGCGAGCCAUGGACUCAGACGAGGGCUACAAUUACGAGGAGUUUGAUGAGGAAGAUGAAGAGGACGAAGAGGAGGAGGAGUGUAGCGUGGACAGCGGUGAGGAAGAGGCCGAAGACGACGACCUGGGCGAGGUGGAGCUGCUGGACCCCGCGGUGGCCGGAGGAGAGCCCGACGAGUGCGGCGACACCGGCGGCCUGGGGCCCGGUCAUGAGGAUGAGGACUACCGCUUUGAGGUACUGACAACCGAGCAGAUCCUCCAGCACAUGGUCGAGUGCAUCAGGGAGGUAAACGAGGUCAUACAGAAUCCAGCUACAAUAACUAGAAUACUUCUUAGUCACUUCAACUGGGACAAAGAGAAGCUUAUGGAAAGGUACUUUGAUGGAAACCUGGAUAAGUUGUUUUCGGAGUGCCAUGUGAUAAACCCCAGUAAAAAGCCCAAGAUGCGACAGAUAAGCACACGCUCUUCCAGUCAAGAUAUGCACUGUCAGAUCUGCUAUCUCAACUUCCCAAACUCGUUCUUCACAGGUCUUGAAUGUGGACACAAAUUCUGCAUGCAGUGUUGGGGCGACUAUUUAACCACCAAAAUCAUUGAAGAAGGGAUGGGACAGACGAUAUCGUGUCCCGCUCACAGCUGUGAUAUAUUGGUUGACGAUAACACUGUAAUGCGAUUGAUCACAGAUUCAAAAGUGAAGUUGAAGUAUCAACAUUUAAUCACAAAUAGUUUUGUAGAGUGUAACAGACUGUUGAGAUGGUGUCCUGCUCCUGACUGCCACCAUGUGGUCAAAGUUCAGUAUCCUGAUGCCAAACCAGUUCGCUGCAAAUGCGGGAGACAGUUUUGCUUCAAUUGUGCAGAAAACUGGCAUGACCCUGUGAAGUGCAAGUGGUUGAGGAAGUGGAUAAAGAAGUGCGACGAUGACAGUGAAACCUCAAACUGGAUUGCAGCAAAUACCAAGGAAUGUCCCAAGUGUCACGUGACCAUUGAAAAGGAUGGAGGCUGUAAUCACAUGGUGUGUCGAAACCAAAAUUGUAAAGCAGAGUUCUGCUGGGUCUGUCUUGGCCCGUGGGAGCCUCAUGGCUCUGCUUGGUAUAACUGCAAUCGUUACAAUGAAGAUGAUGCAAAGGCAGCCAGAGAUGCCCAAGAGCGUUCCCGCGCAGCCCUGCAGCGCUACCUCUUCUACUGCAACCGCUACAUGAACCACAUGCAGAGCCUGCGCUUCGAACACAAGCUGUACGCGCAGGUCAAGCAGAAGAUGGAGGAGAUGCAGCAGCACAACAUGUCGUGGAUCGAGGUGCAGUUCCUGAAGAAGGCCGUGGACGUGCUGUGUCAGUGUCGCUCCACGCUCAUGUUCACAUACGUCUUUGCCUUCUACCUCAAAAAGAAUAACCAGUCCAUCAUUUUUGAGAACAAUCAGGCUGACUUGGAGAACGCUACAGAGGUGCUCUCGGGUUAUCUAGAGCGAGAUAUUUCCCAGGAUUCUUUGCAAGAUAUCAAACAGAAAGUUCAGGAUAAGUAUAGAUACUGCGAGAGUCGGAGACGAGUUCUCCUCCAACACGUUCACGAGGGCUAUGAGAAAGACUUAUGGGAGUAUAUCGAAGACUGAACAGGACUUAACAUGAAAAAAGUGGUCCUCGAUCGCAGCUCUGGUGUCGGCCAUCAUCGCAGACCCUCCUUCACACGCCCAACCCUUUACGUUACAUCUGGAUUUUUGUCAUUAUUUCGAGCUAAAGUUAAUUUUACUGAAAUAAAAAGGUAGAAUAUACAAAUAAACCUCCACGUCAGUAUUGAGUCGAUUGUGAACACGGCACAGAAGUGUGUUUCACUCUCCACACGCCCUUCGUGGAGAUUCAUCAAUAGUCCGUUUAGUUUUUUUUGUCAUUUGUAUGAAGUUGUUUUUAUAGUUUGAGAUCGGCUUAUCUUCAGCAUAGCUUUACAGAUCUGAGCCAUGCAGUGUGUUUUGGGAAUGCUUGGUUGGGUGGCUUUAACACGUCUUUUUGCAGCGGACGAAUGUGUGUGUGUGUGUGUGUGUGUGUGUGUGUGUGUGUGUGUGUGUGUUUCAAGCUGUAAAUAGCACACGUGCAUGAAACACGGAGUGGGAUGCGUCUCAUCGUUUUGGUUUUGGAAAAUAUUUAUUCUUUACAGAUAUCCAAGAAUGUGUUUAAACGUGACAAUUUUGCCGUUUUUAUUUCGCUGGAGGUUGAAAGUCUUUUUGGGACUUUGCACACCCAAAUCCGAGGCAUAGGAACAUUAGCCUUAAUUACGUGCGAAUGUAACCAUUGAAAUUGGGCGAAUCUCGAUAUGUAAUGUCUGGGUCAUAUUUUAUCCCAAAAUCAAAGAGAAUGUCAAUAAAAAAAUUAUUGUAGCAUUUAUGAACCCAUCUAAUUAUCAUUACUUUAGUGCAGAUUAAUCCAAGAAAGCCCUUUUAAAACUGUAUAAUUAAAAUAUGAUACAACAAAAGCUAUUUACCUUUUUUUAUAUAUAUAUAUAA